AUGGUCACAACAACAGCGACAACAAUAACGAUACCGGUUCGGACGAGCCUGCCGGAAUUUAAGGGAAACAAUGCCGACGUGAAUAGGAACAUCAACAGAGAGAAGCUGGCAAUACCAAUAAGCGAUGCCGAGUUCAGAGAAGCAGUCGAUCUGGUCAAAGAGCGGCUGGACCUUAUGUCGGAAACGAAGGCCAAGUUCCUUCUCAGCGUUGGUGUUGGGCAGCCUGACAUGUUGAUCGAUGCAAGAUCGUCAAGCCCGACGCUGGAGAUCCUCUCUGGCGCUGCGCCGGACGACCUUGACGCGCACAUAUUUUCGAGGGUUCCGUCCCUCAAACAAUUGCACGCCGGCAAUUGGGACAGUCGCUUCGCCGCGAGGUGGGGCCACAUCAAUCUGGUGUUUGGAAAGUGGCCUGUCGGGAUCAAAUUCGGCGACGCCAUGACUGGCAUGAAAUGGACGCACCCCAAGCUGUCCGACAUCAACCUCGCCGAGCUGCCGAAGCCGACGGAGGACCUGGCGCAGGUCAAGCGCGACAUGGAGCGGUGGGGCUACGGGUUUAUAAAGAACGCCCUGACGUCGGAAGAGGUCGCCCGUCUGAAGAAGCGGCUGUUGAACCAGGCCAGAGGCGAGGCAGAAGCGGGCAAGGGCGUCUUCGACGGUGGUCCGGACAAGCCGAACCAGAGAGUCCUGUGCCUUCCGAACAAGGGCCAGGAGUUCCUCGACCUGCUGGAGAACAAGGCCAUCGACGGCCUGAUCCCAGACCUGUACGGCGAAGACGCCAUCCUGUUCUCGUACACGGCCAACAUCGCCCGCUACGGCAACGUGCCCAUGCACCUGCACACCGACCAGAUCACGAUCCAGCCGCCGAUUCGCUCCGUCGCCGUCGGCGCCAACAUGGCCUUCUUUCUGGACGACGUCUCCGCCGAGAACGGCGGAACGCUCGUCAUGCCAGGCUCGCACCGGGGCAACCUCGCCCCAGACGACCCUUGGGACCCCAAGGACACGAUCGCGGCGUCAGGCCCCGCGGGGUCGUGCAUGGUAUUCGAAUCCAGGCUCUGGCAUGCGACGGGCGCGAACAGGAUCCCCGGCUCGCAGCGGCCCGUCCUCCUGCUCUACUUCACCCGGCCGUGGAUGCGGCAGCAGGAGAACUUCAGCCUGAGCCUGAUGGACGAGGUGUACGAGAAGUGCAGCGACCGCGUGAAGGCCUUCCUGGGCUUCAAGAUGGCGGCCAGCGUCGGCAGCGUGCAGGGCUUUGGUGGGAAGAACGGCAGCAUCACAAGGCGGCCACGAGCCGACGAAUACAUUGGCAUUCUCGGCGAGAGUUAGGCGUCAAAGGCAGCAGCGGACGGUACGCGCGCUCCAUUCCAGAACCGACUCUUGACGCAUCUGUGCGUGCCGUGAAGCUGCACCUGCUGAAAUAUAUACGUAGAAACGCGCGUAUA